AUGAGUUCAAAUCGUCAAUGGAUGUACAAAAGAUUAGCCAAAGGUCUAUAUGAUCCUGAAUUCAUAAGGGGUGUACAACAUUUUAUUGAGUUUGCUAUGAGUCAUCCAGAAGGGAGGGACGGUGAGAGACUAAGGUGCCCAUGUAACCGAAAGAAAUGUCAAAAUAGAAACUUUGAAAAUGUUCAUACUGUCCAUGGUCAUUUAUUAAAAGAAGGUUUUGUACCGGGAUAUCAUGUAUGGUACUUGCAUGGAGAAAAUGAAGUUGCGAGAAGCAUAGAUCAAGAUGAAAGGAUACCACGGGAUCAUACUAUGAAUAACCUACCCGUGAAUGUUGGUGCAUUUGAUGAUCCUACACCUACUACAUCAUAUCAUAGAAUGGUUCAUGAGGCUGCUGGUCCCGCAUUUGUUCCAGAUGAUAUGGAAGAAUUACCUAAUCCUGAUGCACAAAGUUUUUAUGAUAUGCUUGAUUCUGCAAAUCAAGAAGUGUGGCCUGGUUGUGAAACACACUCAAAAUUAUCAGCUGUUUCUUGGUUGUUGCACAUCAAGACUGAACACCACCUCUCUGAUAGAUGUUUUGAUGAAAUUUGUCAGUAUAUGAGUGAGAUGCUUCCGCCUGAUAAUGUGAUGCCAAAAAAUUUCUAUGAAACUAAAAAGUUAAUGAGGGGAAUGAACAUGCCAGUUGAAAAAAUUCAUACUUGUGUCAAUGCCUGCAUGAUUUACUGGGGAGAGGAUAGCGAGCUUGUAAAUUGCAAAUUUUGUAGUCAUCCCAGGUACAAGCCUACAAGACAAAGAUUUGUUUCAAAGAAAAAUCUUGUACCAUUUAAACAGAUGUAUUACUUUCCUCUUACUCCACGACUUCAACGACUGUAUGCUUCCAAAGCAACUGCUUCUCACAUGCAAUGGCAUGCUGAACAUGAAGUUGAGGAAGGUGUAAUGCGUCACUGUUCAGAUGCACCUGCCUGGAAGCACUUUGAUAAGAAGCAUCCAUCUUUUUCAGAGGAAAGUCGUAAUGUUAGAUUGGGGCUAUCAACAGAUGGGUUUCAACCAUUUGGACAAACGGGGAAACAAUAUUCAUCUUGGCCAGUAAUAGUGACACCAUACAACUUGCCUCCUUGGAUGUGUAUGAAAGAUCCCUAUUUAUUUUUGUCAGUUAUAGUUCCUGGGCCAAAGAAUCCUAAGCAGCAACUAGAUGUUUUCUUGCAGCCUUUGAUUGCUGAAUUGAAGAAUCUAUGGAAUAUAGGUGUCAACACAUACGAUAUCUCUACGAAGCAAAAUUUCAAAAUGCGAGCUGCUUUGAUGUGGACAAUCAGUGACUUUCCUGCAUAUUCAAUGUUGUCUGGAUGGAGUACUGCAGGCAGGCUAGCAUGUCCAUAUUGUAUGGAGAAUUCUGAUGCUUUUACUUUGACAAAAGGUGGUAAGCAGUCCUGGUUUGACAACCAUCGUAAGUUUCUGCCACUGAAUCAUCCAUAUAGAAAAGAUAAGAGCUCAUUUAGAAAGAAUAGAGUAGUAACCAUGCAGCCUACCCCAUUCCGGUCAGGUGAAGAUGUCUUAAAGGAGAUAGAAGAACUGGGACUUAAAAAGGUAACAGAACUUGGGGCUGAUAUUAUUAAUCAUCGGAUUAGUAGGUUUUCUGAUUGGAAGAAGAGAAGCAUAUUCUGGGAUUUGCCAUAUUGGAGUACCAAUCUCAUUCGGCAUAAUCUAGAUAUGAUGCACAUUGAGAAGAACUUCUUUGAGAAUGUGUUCAACACAGUGCUGGAUGUAGAUGUUUCCUGA